AUGGACAUUCUCACCCCGUCCCACCCUGCGCCCGAUCCCCUCUCCUGGCUCGACGACCUCUCUGCUAUCCAGAACUCCUGCCUCGGCUCCGUCUCCACUUCUCCGUCCGGCUCCGGCACCGGUCCCACUGACCUCUCGCCCUUUUCUGACACCCUCACGCCCCCACAUGCUCGUUCAUCCUCCGAGGACAAGUCCGAGAACGAGCGGCUUUCCGACCCCGGCUAUGCUUCAAAUUCGUCCGACGCCUCCGACACUUCUUCCUCGUCCCGACAUCACAAGAAGGCGCGGAUAGCCCUCGAUCCCACUCAACCUUUGACGGCAAAGGGCCAGCCACGCGCCCGUGUCUAUGUCGCAUGCAGUGAAUGCCGAAGUCGCAAAAUCCGCUGCGACGGCGGGAAGCCCGUAUGCUUCAAUUGCCAUCGACGGGACUCUAGCCUCGAAAAGUGCUCGUACGAUAGCGCGCCGAAACGGAGGGGGCAGGACAAGGUUCCCGGGUCCCGGACACGAUCCGCUCAUGACAAGAAGGGCGCACGUAAUCGUCGGCCACUCGACGGUGACGAUGACGGUGACGAUGACGACCACUCCUUUCAAUCUCGAGCAGUGAUAAUUCGUGAAUUUGACCCCGGCAACUUUGACCCAGACGACGUCGACUCGUUUCGUCUCCCCAGCCCUCCCAUUAUCACCGCGCGCGAAAAGGAAGAUGAUGCGGAGGCGCAAGAAUCACGGAACAUAACUGCCGUGCCUAGCAUGAAUUUUACACGAGACACCUGGUGGGACGCCCUCCUCACAAUCUACGCUUCAGAUCACCCUCAUGGUGCCGGGGAUCUUAUGCCUGCUCGGCUUCGCCAACUCUCGACUCAGCGAGUCUUCUCUGAUGUGCGAGCGUUGCUUCGGGCGUCACUAUACUGGGCUAGUUUCAUGCAUCUUCCGAGGUUCUUCGAGACGCUCUUGGAUCCCACGCGACGGAAUACCUGCCAGCCUAGUCUUUUGCUCAGCAUGCUUGCCGUAGGAGCGCUUGUCCAAUGCUCGAAGGGCGGGGACGGAGUGAAGGGGCGUGAACGCGCGGACAAACUCAUGGACCACGCACACUCCGCCAUCCAGGCGAGCUUGAGCUCCAACUGGGUGGACAUAGGGCUCGUGCAGGCAGCGUGGUUCAUGGCUUACUACGAGCUGCACGGCCGUGAGUCGAUGUCGGAGAAGAUGCAACGCGUCCGGUCUGCCAAAGUGCUGCUCGAUUCGCUAAUUCGCCUUCUCGCACUCGCCCGCCUUGACGCCGAUGUCCCCUCAAGCCACUAUGGCCUCUUCGCAACCUCGGAGCAGUUUAUUCGAACAGGCAACUCGAAUCUAGCCGUGCUCCAGAGUGUGCACAGCAUAUCCUCCCCGGUUCCGCCGUUCCCUCCAACCACAACGGAUACCGUGGCGACCCUCCGUCCAGGCCACGCCAAGGUGGAGACAGGAGCGCGCUGCGAAUGUGAGAAGUACACGCUUAAGCAGCAGUGGCCAACCGUGUCUGCCGUGGCACCACUGUGGCAAUCGACGGCGAUGUGGCCGAAGGAAGACGAGACGACCGAGGGCGAGCUCCGGAAGGAGGAGGGCCGGCGCGUGGUCUGGUCGAGCAUCAUGCUCGUCGCGAGUUGCAACAGCGCCUCAAAGUCGGCGCAAGGCCCCGAUGCGCCCUUCGUUAGCGACCUCUUCAUCGAGGACCACCGCAACUUCGCGAUUAUGUUCCCCGGCGACGUCCUCCGCCACCUGGGCGUGAUCCCCCUCUUACAAUACAACGUAUGGAAUUGCUGUCUGCGCUCGAUGAUCCUCUGGCACUCGAGCGUGCGCAUGCGCUCGGACCCGAACGUCGAGCCUACGGAGCGCGCGCAGUUCGCCACGCAGGCGUGGCUCGAGGCGGACGCGAUCGAAGCCGCACUCAACGCGCACUCGUGUGGUUUGGAGGCCGGCUGCCUUUACCAGGCGCGCGAGUACCUAUUCAAUUGUAGGAUGGCUGUCUCGCAAGAGUUCCGGCAGUUCGCGCCUCUUGUGACCUCUCAACACAUCACGGCAAUCUAUCGCGAUAAGGCGCAAACAUGGCUGAAGAAUCAGAAGUGGGUCGCUGAGUGGCUGUGGUCCGGCCUCGGCGAUCCGGACAACGUGCUGUCUGCUCGCCCUCUGCUCAUCUUCUGGUUCAUGGGACACGUUAUCCGCGCUCUGGAGAUAUUCGAUUACGACCCUACUCUCACGAUCGCGCUCGAGACCGCGAAAGCGUCGUCCAAGCCACUGGAAUACCUUCUCCGGCUCUGGCCCUCACAGUAUCAAAACGAGAAAUGGGAGGUUGCCCGCAUGAAGUUGGUUCGGUCGUGCCUUGAGGCGGGCGUCGAGCCUCCCUCCCCUGAAAUUCUACUACCGCGCCACAAACAGCCAUCCAACGAACUUACCACUACAGGAAGCUCUAAUGGACCCCCCGCGCCUGCUUCCUGA